AUCUCGAUCGGGUGGGAGACUUCCUGCUCCAGAGGUGACGUGAGCGGCUUUCUGGCAUUUCCCGCCGACCCAAGGAGCGCAUGCGCGGCUGAAGACGGCAUGCGCUACCAAUGAGGCGUAGUGAGCGCGAGCCUGCUGACAAGGUUCUGGCUUGUUUCAAGGACUUGAGGACCCCCGCCACUCGUCGCCUCCGCUCUCGUAGUCUUCACCGCCUCCGUGCUUGUCGUCCCUCCGCUCCUCGGCCCCUGCGCCCAACUCUUGGCCGAGGGCGUCCGGGGAACGGCUCCGCGCACCAGCGCGCCAGCACAGGCCAGGGCCGCCACUCCCGGCCAUGGCGGCUGACCCCAACAGAUCGCAGAGGUCCGCGACGUCCACCGCCUGGAGCGCAUCGGGGCGCACUCGCACAUCCGCGGCCUUGGCCUGGACGAUGCCCUGGACGCGCGCAUGGUCUCCCAGGGCAUGGUGGGGCAGAACGGCGCGAGGCGGGCGGCAGGCGUCAUCCUCUCCAUGAUCCAGGAGGGCAAGAUCGCGGGGCGGGCGAUCCUCAUCGCCGGCCAACCGGGCUCCGGGAAGACGGCGAUCGCCAUGGGCAUGGCGAAGGCGUUGGGAGAGGACACACCCUUCACGUGCCUGGCUGGCUCGGAGAUCUUCUCCCUGGAGAUGAGCAAGACGGAGGCCCUGACGCAGGCUUUCAGGCGAUCGAUCGGGGUGCGGAUCCGGGAGGAAGCCGAGCUGAUCGAGGGCGAGGUGGUGGAGAUCGAGAUCGAGCGCCCGGCGAACGGGCAGGCUGCCACUUUCGGAAAGAUGACGUUGAAGACAACAGAGAUGGAAACCAUGUACGACCUGGGCCAGAAGAUGAUAGAAACGAUACAGAAAGAGGGCAUCCAGGCAGGUGACAUCAUCACAAUCGACAAGUCGUCGGGGAAGAUUUCGUUGCUCGGUCGCUCCUUCUCCAGAUCCCGCGACUACGAUGCGAUGGGGCCUCAGACGCGCUUCGUGCAGUGCCCUGAGGGUGAGCUGCAAAAGCGGAAAGAGGUGGUGCACACGGUGAACUUGCAUGAGAUCGAUGUGAUCAACAGCCGGCAGCAGGGCUUCCUCGCACUCUUCGCCGGUGACACUGGCGAGAUUAAGGGGGAGGUCCGGGAGCAGAUCGAUGCAAAGGUCGCGGAAUGGCGCGAGGAGGGCAAGGCAGACAUUGUGCCCGGGGUGCUGUUCAUCGACGAGGUUCACAUGCUGGACAUCGAAUGUUUCUCUUUUCUUAACCGGGCCCUUGAGUCGGAGACGUCGCCAGUCGUCAUCAUGGCCACGAAUCGAGGAAUCACAAAUAUCAGAGGCACCGACUACAAGAGCCCCCACGGUAUCCCGCUCGAUUUGCUGGACCGUAUGCUUAUCAUCUCCACGCAGCCCUAUUCGCAGCGGGAGAUUCGCAAGAUCCUCGACAUCCGCGCGGAGGAAGAGGACGUCGAGAUGACGGACGAGGCCAAGGAGCUGCUCACGAAGAUCGGCGUGGAGAGCACGCUGCGGUAUGCCAUCCAUUUGAUCACCGUCGCUAACCUGGUGGCCAUGAAAAGGAAGGCGCAAGAGGUGGAUGUGCAGGACAUCCGAAAGGUAUACACCCUGUUCGUUGACGUGAAGCGGAGUGCCCAGUUCUUAUUGGAGUACCAGCAGGAGUUUAUGUUCUCCGAGGUGCACGGGGAUGACGAGGGUGCGAAGGACAGCGACGCCCCGAUGCCACAGGCGCAGCAGGACUGAUGUGCGAUGCCCGCGCUCUUCGUGCAUGUUGUGUUGCUGUGACUGUGACGCCCCUGGUGGCUGUAGUGUUUUCGUGGAGCCUUCGAGGGGUCGGCGACGUGAGGAGCGCACUCCUGCCUUGCAGCUCCAGGACUGACCUUGCCGACCCCCUUAUGCUUACAUUGCACGAGAGGCGUUGCGCCCUGAAAAGCUCUCUCUCUCUCUCCAGUGCGGCACCCCCGCAUGACCGCCGCGCCCCCCCCCCUCUCGCUGCCCCGCGCGCCCUCUUCGCGGC